AUGUGCGACCGCUUCGCGUUCUUCGCCGCGCAAUCGUGGCUCGCGCCCGUCGCGAGCGCGGUGGACGGCGCGAUCGAGCGCGAGGAGAUCUUUCGAGGGGCGUGCUCGUUCUCGCGAAGCGUCUCGGAACAGUACGGCGAGCAACGGCGCGCGAGCGGAUCGUCGAUGCAUCCGAACGUCAAAGACGAUCGAUCGGGGGCGACGGCGACGGAUGUCGAUGACGCGGACGAAGGGAUCGAGCUCCGGGGCGCGCUCGCCUCGGAUGCGUCGCACGUGACGUUCGGGAUCACGGAGACGUGGAGGGAUCCGGCGAGCGUGGAUGCGCGCUUCAUCGCCACGCGGGCGCGGGCGACGUCGAGCGAUGGCACCACCGGGUCGACGAGCGCGGCAGAUAAGGAGCGCGUCGUGCUCGAGUGCGAGCUGGACGGGAAGCGGUACAGGAUGUCCACGAGGACGUGUCUGGGAAUCACGACAUCACUCCAGGAACGGAAGUUUGGCGACGCGCACUCUCCGGCAAAGGAAUGUCCGAGAUAUCUGAGCGUGAUAUUUCCGCACGUCACUUUGAACGUGUACUCUUCCGCGGAGGAUGCGUCUUGGGACGGCUUACACGCGCUCGAGCGUGCGCUGAGAGAUCCCGCGCUAGCGACGGAAGCCGAAGAGACGCCCACACAAACGUCAGCGUCGGCGCUCUCGUUCCUUCGCCCGGGCGACGUUCCGACGUCCAUCGGCGACGACAUAGAGGAUGAAGACGACAUCGCCACCGCGAGCGCGUUCUCGGCCCAGCGCUUCGCCGCGGACGCCCUCGUGGAUGCCGCGCGAGCGCUCCUGACGGACCCCAACGCGUGGUCCGGCGUCUCCGAGAGGAUGCUCUUCCACGGCGUCCGAGACGCCUUCGUCGACGCUCCACGAUCGUACGACGUUCGCGUGUGCGACGACAUCGACGACGACGCGUGA